UUGACGGGGGAGGGGUAACCCCCCCCCCCCUCCCCUCUUCCAAUAUCACCCACACACCCCUAAUUCAAACCCUUUCUUUUCCUCCUCCCUUAUCUCCCCCCUAACUACCUAACCGAACCUAUCCUAUCCUAAAAAACAAAACCACCCCCCCAAAGCCGCAAAUAUGCCUCAAGAAAUCCCGACCGCCAGCAAGCUGCUCGACCUCUUCAGCCUGAAGAACAAGGUCGUCGUCAUCACCGGCGCCUCCGGGCCGACCGGGAUGGGGAUCGAGGCGGCGCGCGGGUGCGCCGAGAUGGGCGCCUCCGUCGCCCUGACCUACCUGACGCGCAAGGAGGGCGCCGAGAAGAACGUCGAGUCGCUGAUCAAGGAGUACGGCGCCAAGGUGAAGGCCUACCACUGCGACAUCAGCGUGUACGCCAACUGCGAGAAGCUCGUCGCGGACGUCCUCAAGGACUUCGGCCAGAUCGACGGCUUCAUCGCCAACGCGGGCGCCACCGCCGACGGCGGCGUCGUCGACAGCUCCAGCGAGGCCUGGGACAAGGUCGUCCAGAUCGACCUCAACGGCACCGCGUACUGCGCCAAGGCCGUCGGCCCGCACUUCAAGAAGCAAGGGCACGGCUCCUUCGUCAUCACGGCCUCCAUGUCGGGCCACGCCGCAAACUACCCCCAGGAGCAGACCUCCUACAACGUCGCCAAGGCGGGCUGCAUCCACAUGGCCCGCUCGCUGGCCAACGAGUGGCGCGACUACGCCCGCGUCAACGCCAUCUCCCCCGGUUACAUCGACACCGGCCUCUCCGACUUCAUCGACGAGGCGACCCACAAGCUCUGGUACUCCAUGGUGCCCCUCGGCCGCGCCGGCGUGGCCAAGGAGCUCAAGGCCGCCUACGUGUACCUGAUCAGCGACGCGAGCAGCUACACCACCGGCGCCGAUAUCGUCAUCGAUGGUGGAUACACCUGCCGAUAGAUGAUUGCGGGAUGUCUACCUUACCUGACCUACCUCUACCCAUCUACAUUACGGCAGGGUACUUAAAGGUGUUUCGGCAUAGACGGAUAGAAAGACGGACACGAUACAAACGAAACGCAAUACAGCACAAUUAGGAGGGGGUAAUUUAGCAUGUAUUAAUGGUGUCCUCGGUGUGUUUUCUAAAGAUUCCAAAUGCGUGGAUCAAAGGAAAUUAUUGGCCUGCCUGCUUGCCUUGCUACCUACUACUCAUAGAUGCUAGAUACCUAGACGAAUGAGCUCGCGUCACCUACAAGUCGCUGUAGCUCUUCGUCAUACU